AUGUCCACGGAUCAUGAUACCGAGACAGAUCGCAGCACCACCGAAGACGGAUUCGAUGAUUCAGACCGGUCCACAGACGAAGAUGAAGACGAUGACGAGGACGAAGAUGACGACGAAGACGAUGACGAAGAUGAAGACGAAGAUGACGACCAUGACAAUGACGCAAUGGACGAGGCAUAG